UUGUGUUUUCUCAGCCUGUUCUUCACUGACACUCUCACUCAGCUGAGUGAGAUCCAGUGGUGUGGAGCAGAGAGUCUCAAACAGAUUUUCUCGCUUUCUUCAGCAAGAAAGAAAAGGAAAAGAUGGAGAGGAUGCAGGGAGAGGUGGAUCUCCUGGAGCAACCAAGUCCCUUGAAUGACAAGGAGAGGCUGAUGAUCCAGGAUUCCUGGUCAAAAGUCUACGAGCACUGUGACGAUGCUGGUGUGGCCAUACUCGUCAGGCUGUUUGUAAACUUCCCCUCAUCCAAGCAGUUCUUCAGCCAGUUCAAGCAAAUCGAGGAGCCGGAGGAGCUGGAGCGGAGUGCCCAGCUGAGGAGGCACGCUCGCAGAGUCAUGAACGCUAUCAACACGCUGGUGGAAAACCUCGAUAACCCAGAUACGAUGGCCUCAGUGCUGCAGCAGGUGGGCAAGGCCCACGCUCUCCGACACAAGGUGGAGCCUGUGUACUUCAAGAUCCUGAGUGGCGUGAUACUGGAAGUCUUGGCAGAAGUGUUUCCAGAGGUUGUGACGGCAGAGGUGGGCGCUGCGUGGACCAAACUCUUGGCUACAGUCUACUCUAGGAUCAAAACGGUCUAUGAGGAGGUGGGCUGGCCUAAACUGUCAACUUCAACCGGGUGAACCAUUUGGUCUGGCUUUAUUGGACCAUGUGCACUGAGAGACUAUCAGAAUUAAUUUUUUAUUUGGCCAGAGCCUAAUAAAAAAGAGCAAUCGCUUCACUGUAUGUGGGAAUACAGUUUGAUGUCAUCUGUGAUAAUAGUGGGAUAUACAGUACUCUUAAAGGUUAUAAGCUUGCAAGGGACCAAACUGUUGAAUGGAGGGGGAGAGAAAGAGAAAGAGAAA